AUGUUUUCAUUUAUCGCGGUUUCUUGCCUCAUCGUGGCAGCCACAGCAGCCCCAUACGGAUCUGAGAUUCAAGCCAUUUCAACCUUAGAUAGUGUUUCCGUGCCUCGUUACAACUUCAACUACGCUGUAAAUGAUCCCGUGACUGGCGACAACAAACAGCAAUCAGAAACCCGCGAAGGAGGCUAUGUCAAGGGCUCCUACUCUCUAGCAGAGCCCGAUGGCACCAUCAGAAUAGUGGACUACACCGCCGACCCUGUAUCAGGCUUCAACGCUGUGGUCAGGAGAAUCGGCCACGCGUCUCAUCCACAAGUUAUCCGACCGGUCGUCACACAAGUCGCCACACCGGUCGUCACACAAGUCGCUACACCACAAAUCGCGCACGCACCUAUCGCGCACGCACCUAUCGCGCACGCAACCAGCCAGAUAGGUUACGAAAACGUUGGCUACAGCAACCUCGGCUACGAUAACUAUAUUGGAGGAAAUCUUGGCUACAAUGCUGGAUAUUCUGGAUAUGACCUGGGGUACAGCGGUCAUGGCUCAUGGAACCUAGGCCACGGAAGCUCAUUUGGUCACGGAUACUACAGACGCUAA